CCACAUUCCCACGGUAGUCACCGAGUCGGUAGUAGACUAGUACGGAGAAGAAUACUCCGUAAGUCCGUAAUAAUUUUCCGGUACAAGCAGAGUUGGUCGUCACCGAAAUGUAAAUGGCGAAAUCACAAACACCAUUUCUACACUCCCUUUUCUUCAUCUUCGUCUUUUUCAUCGUAUCCUCUGAUUCAUCUUCUCCAUCCAUUCUUCGCGGAAUCCAUCCCCUCGACGCCACUUAUUUCGAUUCAGAUGUAAUAAAAUGUAAAGAUGGUUCUAAUUCCUUCACCAAAGAUCGUCUCAACGACGAUUUCUGCGAUUGCGUUGACGGCACCGAUGAACCUGGUACCUCAGCAUGUCCUGGUAGUAAGUUCUACUGUAGGAAUCUUGGAAGUCAGCCACGCUUUUUGUUUUCAUCUCGCGUCAAUGACCAUAUUUGUGAUUGCUGUGAUGGGAGUGAUGAAUAUGAUGGUGUCACUUAUUGUCCCAAUACAUGUAUCAUGGGAGGCAGUAUUGUUUACAGGACUGAGUUACACCAGACUUCUAAUAUUAUCCUGGGAAAAGAAAGCAAACCUAAUGGCAGAUUAGACAUGAUUCAAAAUUUGAAAGAUUUGAAGGUAUUGGCACUCCUCCAGUUGAUCAUACUUGUUUUGUGGGUUCUUUGGCUCUUCUAUCGCCGUUUUAAGUCUAGGAAACGACGGUGUCAUGUAUGAUCAAAGUUUUCUUUGCUAGUGUUGUAAAAAAGUACGAAGUACUACUCAAUCAAGGGCCUGUCCAUCUGGCUUGUGUAUAGAUCAGUCAUCUGAUCCCAUUGAACUGAUACCAUUUAUGGUAUAGAUAAUGUAAACACAGCUGUGGAGGAUCUGAAUUUGUACAAGAACCUGGAUCUUUCCAAGAGACUUCAUCGAAAAGAUAAGAUUGAUACUGAGGAUGAUGAAGCGGACUCGGUGAAACAAAGGCGAGGCGUGCAGCUUGAGAUCUCAAAAGUAAUGUAGAUUAACCAUAGACCAUAGUUGUUUUUAGUGUGUAGCCCGGGCGAUGCCUCGGUUGCUGCUUUGAAUAAUUAAAAUUCGAUUUUUUUUUUCAACUCAAUAUUUAACUAAGAUACCUGUAGACCGUAAAAGUGAAAAAGAUUCAUAAAGUUCAUCAACUACACAUGUACAUUACCUGCACCAUGCAAAGUAAUUUUCCUAAUGUUUUAAUUGUUUAAUUCACGAUUUUCCUAA